AUGAUCGCCAUCGGCCUCGAGGGGAGCGCGAAUAAGCUCGGCGUGGGCAUCAUAUCGCAUCCAUCCCCAGGCAAGCCUGCCAUAAUCCUCUCUAAUAUCCGCCACACCUUCGUCUCACCACCCGGGGAGGGCUUUCUACCUAAGGACACUGCAAAACAUCAUCGGUCAUGGGUUGUCAGUCUCGUCAAGCAAGCGAUGGCGGAAGCCGGAGUGUCAACUAGAGAUAUUGACUGUAUAUGUUAUACCAAAGGACCAGGGAUGGGGGCACCCCUGCAAAGUGUAGCAGUGGCCGCUCGAAUGCUAUCUCUGCUGUGGGGGAAGGAGCUUGUCGGAGUCAACCACUGCGUGGGACAUAUAGAGAUGGGCAGAGAGAUUACCGGCGCCCAGAAUCCCGUGGUUCUGUAUGUCAGUGGUGGAAACACCCAAGUCAUCGCAUACGCUGAACAGCGAUAUCGAAUAUUUGGGGAGGCUUUGGAUAUAGCCGUGGGGAACUGCCUGGACAGGUUUGCAAGGACGCUGGAGAUCAGCAAUGACCCUGCCCCAGGUUACAACAUCGAGCAGCUGGCGAAGAAGGGGAAAGUUCUCCUGGAUCUUCCAUAUGCGGUGAAGGGAAUGGACUGUUCAUUUUCUGGGAUAUUAGCGUCAAUUGAUAUCCUUGCCGCUGAGCUCAAGGCGAAUCCAGAACAGCGGGACCCUAUUACUGGCGAGAUUAUUACUACUGCAGACUUGUGCUUUACGCUGCAAGAAAUAGUGUACGCAAUGCUGGUUGAAAUCACCGAGAGGGCCAUGGCCCAUGUUGGAAGCGAUCAAGUGCUGAUCGUUGGGGGUGUGGGCUGCAAUGAGAGACUUCAAGAAAUGAUGGGACUCAUGGCCAACGAUAGAGGUGGGAGCGUCUUUGCCACAGAUGAACGGUUUUGCAUCGAUAAUGGGAUUAUGAUUGCGCAUGCCGGCCUGUUAGCAUAUGAGACUGGCUUUCGGACCCCGCUAGAAGAGAGCACCUGUACUCAGCGGUUCAGGACUGAUGAGGUGUUUAUUAAAUGGAGAGAUUGA